GAUAAUGGACGACGCUGGCGAGAGAAGUCAGCCUCCGCUCACGAUCCGAACCUCAAGAGCAGCGUCCGGCGGCAGCGCUGACGCUUGGCCGCCGGUGGCUGAGGAGCCAGUGAGCCCUACCGCAAGGCUCAUGGAUGGCUUCUACAUCGUCGUCACCAUGGGCCUCGGCUCGCCCCUCGACCUCCCCGUCUUCCGCGCCGGCAUCGGCACCCAGCUCGCCCGGUACCCGCGCUUCCGAUGCAUCCAGGUCACCAAAGAUGGCCAGCCACGGUGGGUGCGUGCGCCGGCGUUGAACCUCGACGACCACAUCAUCGUCGUCCCCAGCCCGCCCGACAUGGUGUCGUCCGACUCGGACAGGGCCGUGGAGGACUACGUGUCGUCGCUGUCCACGGCGCCCAUGGACCGCUCCCGCCCGCUCUGGGAGUUCCACUUCCUCGACUUCCCGACCUCGGACGCCAUGUCCACCGCGGUGUUCCGCGUGCACCACUCCCUCGGCGACGGCAUGUCGCUGCUCACCCUCCUCAUGUCUUCGACUCGCAGCGCCGCCGACCCUUCGAGGCUUCCGGCCAUGCCGGCGCCGCCCGCACGCUCCGGCGACAUCUACGCGCGGCCGCGGCCCCCGAGGUCCGCCGGCGUGCUGGCGUUCAUUGCGUGGCUUUGGUCGUUCGUCGUGCUCGCGUGGCACACCGUGGUGGACGUCACGCUCUUCGUCGCCACGAUCGCGUUCGUGAGGGACCCGCACACGCUGUUCAAGCGUGACAAUGGCGGCGGCGAUGGCGAGUUCCCCCGACGCAAGCGCUUCGUGAAUCGGAGCCUCAGCCUUGGCGACGUCAAGUUUCUCAAAGAGGCUCUCAACUGCACGGUUAAUGACGUGCUAGUUGGAGUGACUUCUGCUGCUCUAUCACGAUAUUACUUCCGCAGGUCUGGUGACGAUAACACGAGGAAAAUCUGUUUGCGAUCGAUCCUCCUUGUCAAUAUAAGGCCAACCACUAGCCUACAGGAAUAUGUUAAUAUGAUAGAAUCUAGUAAGAGUAAUGAAGUGAAAUGGGGAAAUCAACUUGGCUACAUCAUCCUUCCAUUUCAUAUAGCCAUGUAUGAAGACCCACUUGAAUAUGUUCGUAAGGCGAAAAAGAUGGUGGAUAGGAAGAAGAGCUCUCUAGAAGUGGUCUUCACGCACAUGCUUGGUGAAGUUAUCAUCAAAACUUUUGGGGUGAAGGCUGCCGGUGUUAUCUUCCGUCGCAUGAUAUCACACACGACCAUAUCAUUUUCAAACAUGAUUGGGCCAGCUGAACAGGUAGAGUUCUAUGGGCACCAAGUUGUGUACAUUGCGCCCAGCGUCUACGGCCCACCCGAGGCUCUGACGGUGCAUUACCAAAGUUACAGUAACACCAUCAAAGUAAUUCUUGCAGUUGACGAAGAACACUUCCCAAAUCAUGGCCAACUUUUAGACGACUUCACUGAGUCCCUCAGGAUCAUUAAGGAUGGGGCUGUAAGGAAAUAAUGACAACCAAUAAUAAGGAGUGGGUCGACUACUAGACAACGAAUUGAUUGGGUUGAUCAGUUAGCCAAGACCUACAUAUUUUCAAUUCGUAGUAAUAGUACUACUGUACCAUAUAAUGACACUUGUCUGGUAUACACUAUUUGAUUUGUGGACAAUCAAACAAAUUGUAUGAACCAGAACACACCAUAGGUCAUAUUAUGAGUUCAUAAAGCUAGGAAUAAAUUGGACAAGUUAAAAAAAAUCAAAAAGGUAAUGCUUCAUAAAAUGGACUAU